GCGUCCCCGAAGGGGCCCUCCCUAGCUCUCCGGAGGCAGGCGGGGGGCAGCGCGCCGCGAUCCCGGCUUCGGUUCCCUGGUCUGGGCUCCGAGGAAGGGCUGGCCGAGGCCGAGGUGGCGGUCCCGAGCUCUCCUCCUCCUCCUCCAAGCCCUCUGGGCCUUCACGCUCCAGUCCUGCAGCUUGGGACUUCCUGCCAGCCUCCCCUUCCCACCUCAGGCUGGCCUUCUGGCAGGCCAAGAGUCAAAGGAGAAACAGCGAGGUAUGUUUUUAUAAAGCCACAGCAGUGCAGAGGCUAGAGGGUUCAGCCUCCCCCCAUAAACCCGUUUCACAAGCACAGUCUGGCCUACAGAUAAAGGCUAAAAUUGUGCUCUGUUCCUCUUAAGUGGCACAGAGAAAUAAAGCGCAACACAGAACCCAAAACAUCUGGCAGAGAUUCCUGGGUGUGGUUGCCUUAGUUGUCCCAAGCUUCAGAAACAGCAGGUUUUUGAGGCAAAACGUCUGCUGCGGUUUCUCAAGCUUCUUGGCGUUUCCAGCCAUGGAGUCAGAGGCUGCUGUGGAGGUGAGGCACCCCUCCCUCCCUGCCUUUCUACCAGCCUCGGCCGUUGACCGACGCACGGGCAGGCACGCUUCCCACGCGUCUGAGUCUGCAGCCUCACAGGGAGGCUACAGUGGGCUGUCUGAAAGAGCGCAAAGCGCCUUGCCUCGCGUGAAGCUCUGCGUGGAGGGAGGCUGGCUGGCUGGCUGCGAACGGGGGUGCGAACUUGUGCGGGAUCCUAAGAACCCAAGGCCGCUCUUGCCGGCCCCUUCCCUGAGUGGCCGGAGGGGCUGCUUCCUCCGCUGCAAGGGAAGGCAGCGGGAUGCACAUUUUGGCAAAGCACCAAGAUCCGGAGAGGUAAAUCUGGGGGUGAUGGCCCCGGGAUAUCCUUGGGCUCUUGGCGGCAUAAUUAUACGAAACGCCACCUCGGGUCAAAAACUGGGUUCUUGGAACUCCACUCGUCUUGUGGCCGCCUCCUGUUGAUCUGUGCCCUAGCCCUGAAACCAGUUACCAAACCCAGCUGCUGUACUGACGUCCCGGGCCGCGCCCAUCAGGGUCACGUGGCACUUGAUGGCCAGGUUCUGCCAGCAAGCCAAUGCGCUGGCUGGGUCCCCCGAACGUGCAGAGCCUCGGACUAGCCAGACACGCUUUAGCUCACUUGGUGUGUUGUGCGAACCCAGCCGCCGAGUCAGGGCAGGGGCGAGGUUUGUGCUGGGAGCGCUGGUUCACGGUGCUGCUGAUUGCACAAUCCGCUCUUCUCUUCCAGAGAUGUGGGCAGAUGUGGAGACCUCCGAGGGCCUUGGCCUUCCUACCGCAGGGCCCACAGCGGAGCCCCCGGCAGGAGCAGGCCUGCAGUUGGACUUCCCCCCGCUGGUCCUGACUAUGGAGGAGAAGCAGCUUCUGGAGAAGGAGGGCAUCUCGAUUCCCUCCAACCUGCCCCUGACCAAGGCGGAGGAGCGGGUCCUGAAGCGCGUCCGAAGGAAGAUCCGCAACAAGCAGUCGGCCCAGGACAGUCGCCGCAGGAAGAAGGUCUACGUGGACAACCUGGAGAGCAGGGUGCUUGCCUGCACGGUGCAGAACGACGAGCUUCAGAAGAAGGUGCAGCUGCUUCAGAAGCAGAACACGUCCCUGCUUGAGCAGCUGAGAAAGUUGCAAGCCCUUGUCCAGCACUCGUCCACCAAGACCGCUACAGCCAGUACCUGCAUCAUGGUCCUCUUCUUCUCCUUCUGCCUGGUCCUCUUGCCCAGCAUUUAUCCCUUGGGAGGCCGGGAGCGACCGCUGGAGCAGCGAGGAGUGUUGUCCCGGAAGCUGCGUGAGUACCCGAGUGGGGCUUCCCGGGCAUUGGCUGAUGCCCCCCAGCUGGCAGAACCAAUGGCGUCCCUCCCUCCUGGGUCCCUGGGGCCGCUGUCACCGGAGAAAGCGGUGUCCCACGGAGGCUUCCGGUCUGCAGGGAGCCUCAACGGGUCUCUGGAGGGCCCACAGAGUCCCCUGGCAGCCCGAUCCCCCUCUGCCAGCAGUGGCAAUUCCUCCUUGGACUUGCCUUCUCCUGCACUGCCCGCUGAGUACCAGCCUCCAGGGAAGGAGAGGGCGCUCCCACCUGCCUCUGUUGACCAGCAGCCUGGCUGGGUCAACGGUGCCACCAGCAUCAUUCUUCAGUCCCAUCGCUCUGAUGAAAUGUGAGGCUUUGUUCCACUUUGCCAGCAGCGUGUAGGCACCAAGAUCUAGGAUGGAAAGGACUGCAGAGGGGCGGGGGGCAGGCAGGUCUCCAGCAGCGGGCUGCAGCAGUCCUUCAGAGGGUGGGAGCAGGAAAGACUGGUGGCUGUUCAGCAAUGCAGUGGCCUUGCCCUGGAGGGGCUCCUCUGGCUGUGAGGGGCACAUAGGGCGAACAGUCGCUCUCGGAGAACGCUCGGCUUUGCACCUGGGCACCAGACAUCACCAGGCUCAGAGGCAGGUCUGCUGCGACCCCCAGCAGGUGGGCACUGUGGAGAAGAUGCUCUCUCUCACCGGCCAGACUCUUUGCCCCAUCUUGGUCACCUGUUCUUCCUCUGGGGGGGUUCCCCACCCCAGCUAGUGGUGAGGAAAGGACCAGGUGGGGGGAUUGGCUGACGGGCCUGGCCUGAAGCGGAAGAAUGCUUAAGCGUCUGCAGAACUGCUCUAGUGCGGCCUCGUGUUCUGUUCUCGUGCAGCGGAGAAGCGUAACAAAUAAAUAGCUCAGGAGGAGGCUUCUCCUCUUCACUCUC